CCAUAGAGCUGGCUGUUGUCCAGUAAUCAUACCAUGUUUGGCGUGACACUCCAAGAGGUAUGCAAGAAGAAGGGACUGGAAAAGCUUCUCAUUUUGUCACACAUAGAAGGUAACACAUGUCAAUGACAAGGUCACUGUAGAACGCAACCAUGCAUAGAACAAGUGGAAGGGCCUGCAUAUUGAAGGUUAUGAUUCCAUUUGUGGCCUGCUUCAAGCAACUCGUGCCUACAGUCUGAACAAAUGGGUGCAGUUGUCCUUGCGGUGUUGCUUUAGACAAGUUCAAUUCUUGAACGAAACAGCGGACUCCCAAACUCUCGACUUUGAUUGAGAAAGGCAGAUGAUAUUGUUGCACAUAGCUUGAGUGGCGUGUAGAUGCACGGAGUACUUGGGAUGUAUGUGUUUGUCCCUUACGAUGUACAAGACACCUACCCAACUUAUCAGCUGAAGGCAUGAAGCAAGUCUUUCCCAUAUGAAACCCUUUUGUACCUAAUUAGGUUGGAAGCAGCCCAAACAGACAUAAUGGACCCAAAACAUUGACUGGUGCACACGGUGAAACGUUCGAGGUUGAUGCAUCAGCUAUGCUUCCUACGCUUCCAAUAUCCAUCGUCCUUGGAUGUGUGAUCCUGGCGUGUCAAUGUAGUUUGGGCUUCAUACGUUGCUGUUUCUUUCAUGCCCAGAAUGCAUGCUGGUUCAGAUAUUGAUCAUGCAAGGCAGAUGCGGCUCGGUGCAGUCAAUGUCCUUUGAUCAAAUGCCCAGCUUCGACUUUUGCGAUGCUAGUUUGUAUGGGCAGGAUGAUUGUUUCAGUCAUUGCUUUAGUCCGAUUCACUCCUAGUCGCUAGAAAACCUCAGAAGCCACCCUGAUUCAUUCCAGCCACGCUUUUGUAAGGGCUAUAUACAAAGUAGCAGAGAGUGGGUCCAAAUAAAAGCAUCUAUAUAGCGCAAACAGCCGUGACUUUCGAGAGUUCAAUCAGUUACAAGUUACAAGUGAUAUUCUGCAGGACAUGCUGUGCGGGAAGCCUCUCAUGCAUCCUCACAGGGAUACCUGAAUCAGGCAGCUGUGGUGGAUGCAUUGUGCGUGUCACCCGUGGUUGAUGAUCAGUUGAGCAUUCGCAGCCUUUGACAGUAAAAUUGGAAAAGUGCCAUGAGAAACAACGCGGUGGUUGCAGCGCCUAUGGCGCAGUUUUUUGACACGUGAAGUUGUCCUAUGUGAUUCUGGCUUUUGUGCCUCGGGCUUUAGGUCCAUUGACAACCAGCAGUUCUAAAUGCCGGAAGUGGCUCUCAAUCACCCUUCAUGGAUUUUAGAUGCCCGUCACCUUUGCUACACCCGCGUCGUGUCAGGAUGCCAUUUUGAAAAUUACAAAUGCCCAAGACUUCUACACGAUGGUUUUACUUUGUUCUGUAUGCAGCGCUGAUACUGUGCACAGGUCAAGAGUUCCUCUUCAAACUUUUAUGUGUAUAUACAUGAAACUUGUCCUUAAAGGGGUGGAAACCCUGCACCUCCUUAUGGGUCCCUGUUGCUGACGCUGGAACUCCUGAAUCUUCGCCCAAUUUGUGGCGGAAGGUGGGGAAGAGGGUCAACUGCCCCAGAAUUCCACUUACAAGGCCCAUGAAGCAAAGCCAAGAAAGAUGUCAUUCCAGCAUCUCCUCUCACCUCUUAAUUGUCGUAUAUCCAAAAGGCGGGAGGGAGUGGCUGAUUGUGGCAACGUUGGAGUUCACUUUGACGAGAAAAAAGAGAGCUGGACGAGAUGCUGUCAGGCCGGAGUUCAGAUGGAACAUUGGAAAGACACAUCAUAUACGCAUGGGAAAUAGUUGUGUUCAAGACUGUGCAAUGGGUAUUGAUUUCUCGGUCAUUGAAGCAAAUGCCAUGUAUGAACAUGGUUCUGGUUAUGCAAAACAAUGAAACAAUUGUGUUAUGUAAAACAAUGUGUCACAAGGCUUGUUUCAUCACACACGCACCCGUGCGCUUAUAAGUCCAGCACAAGAGAGGCUGGCAUGAGCACCGCUAGCUCUCAAGUUGCACAAGGUGCCAGAAACUGCGGAGAUCAUCGGAUAUUCUUAAUGGCUGGGCAAUGUUUUGGCUUGAAGCGGUUGAAGGCACGAUCAAUUACACUUGGCUUGCUGAGCCCAGGCUUCUUGGAACAAGUUCGGUUGGUAAAGUGGAGCGGCGCCGCGCUUGUGCAACGUUGAAUCUGUACUUGCAUGAAGGAUCUACCUGCAAGAGCAAUGCAAGAAGUGCAAUGCCAGUGCUUUAGGUUGCUUAAGGAGUCGUUCGUCCUUUUGCUGCUGCUGCUGCUGCUGCUGGUCCUCGUCCCACUAGUCUGAGAGCUGUUGCUGAUUCUUCCAUGUUCUCAAAAGCACUGGCCGAAGUAUCCACGAUGCAGUACACGUUGAGUUUGGAGGUAAGGUUGUGCUUUGGAACAAGUUGGCUUUUGUGACCGGUGCAAUUUUCAAACAGCACAUUAACCGAAAGUGAUGCUUGUGAGAGUCCAGACGGCACACGAACAAUCCAAUUUGUGCAGACUUGAGAUAUUGCUGUUUGGUUCGCAAAGAGUCGUACAUAAGCUGUUACCAAGGUUCUCCUUUGUACCAGGCACCUUCAGUGUACAGAUUCCACGCAUACAAGUAGAGUGAUCAGGAAACAUGUCCUGCAUUUGCUUUGUGGAAUUUGGCAGGCCAACAACCGCAAAAAGCAAAGACCAUCACAAACAAAGACUCGAGUGUUUCCUGAAAUGGCCUAGAGCCGCAAGCAGCUGAAGUCACAAGUUCAAAGUUGUUUGGUCGAGGCGUUUAUACAAUAUAUUUCAGAUUCAUAAAAGGAAACAAUUCAUUUAAAGGUUUGUUCGAAACUUGACAUUUCAGAAACAAUAGAAGUGUCAUAAGAGGACUGCAAGAUUUGAUGUCAAGUUUCACGCUUGAACGGGUCAAAAGAUAGAGCUACAGCUUCCAAGUUGAGCGUCGCUAGCAAGGCUCAACUCACAGGACACGAACACUCAGUGAAAGUCGGAUUCCCAACUUUGCUUCAAGAUUCACCAUUGCAGACUCUAAAGUCUCCUAGACCCACUUGUGAGCUUCAGAUAAGAUAUCAUUGUUGCUUCAAAUUUGCAAGCUUUGCAAACCACCCAACUUGUUUUAAUUCGGUAAAUCCACUCCUCUAUUUGGCAGCUUACCAAGGACUUGCUUGACUGUGAGCUCUUUCAAACAUUUGUAGCGAAUACGAUUGAAAGUUUUGCUAUCUAACGACUUGCUUCAGUGGACAGCUUCUGUCUACAAGUGUCAGGAAGCAAAGCCUCCUGCAUUUGCUUUGCGACCGGAGGCUCCUCCCCUCCAAUGAGGGACGCCUCAGCACUUCGUUGCGCCCAAAGCCACAAAGAACAUCGGUCUGAAUGGAUGCAUUGGCUCAAUUGAGUGUGUUUCCACCAAAUUCAAAAAGUUUCAGAACAUUCUGGCUGAUUGGUGUGGAGCAGUGCUGCCCCAUGUCUUUAGGACUUCGACUCUUGUAAGCUGGCUGCAAGACUUGCUUUGACGCAACCAAACGACGAGGUGGCUUCCCUUCUUUGCCUUAGCGUUCAAUUAGUCUUGACUGCCAAAAUCAGGAAUACAAGAUUAAAAGCACAUGGCAAAGACACAACUUGACUCGACAAAAUCUUUCAAAAAUAAGUGACCUUGCUUGCCCAAGGGGUCAGUAGAAUAGAGGGGAGGCGCCCAAGGUCCUCAAACAGACGGGGCAUUGAUUGCAAAGCCGGAUUUGUGCGACGGCCUAACUUCACCAAACAAGGGAUACCUGUGAAUCCAAGCAGAGUUGAGUCAGUCACAGCAAGCGCAUCAAUUAGAAACGGAGGUACCAAGUGACUUGUGGCUGUCCACAAGAGUGUGGCUCAGAAGCAAGAUCCCCCAAGAUGCGAUUAUUUGAGGAACAACUGUGAACAUCAGUGGUCUUGCGAUUGUUCAAUAAAGGGACCAAAUCAGUGUCCUUCUUUGCGCGGUGUAGUGAGGAAGAUUUGCACUCCCCAGACCUUGCGAGGAAGUAAAUCUCACGGAGGACGCUGAUUACGAGGAAGUUGCCGACAACGCAAAUGUGUUUCCAAACGAGGAAGAAGUUUUUUCAACCAGAAAAAAGGACUUGCAUACCCUCCACGAAUUACUUAACGAGGAAGUUAGAACAAAAACUGUUUCCUGGUAAGUUCUGGAGAGAGUAUAUAGUUUGUCAUUUUUCAAUGAAAGAAAACAUUCAUGUGAUGCCGCACACUAAUCUGAAGGUCAAGUAGAUCAGGUUGUAAAAACUAAUCAGAACACAGGAUACAGUUCGGCUGAAUGCCAUGUGGACACCAGUCUAUCUCUCGGGCCAAUGGAACCCUUUUUCCAUCUUAAUUUGUACUCGUCCUCGUUCUGCAUUGCAAGCAGCAUGCAAACAGAUACUGUAGCACAAACAAACGUGUUGCUUGCUGGUCUUUGCAAUGAAGGAACACAAGCCUACGAGUGUCACAUCGUGGGGCGCAGCAAGGCAAUUCGUGCUUCAGAGAGCUUCAUGUUGAACUCGACAUGCUGAUUCACUGCGAAAGCAGAACCAUAUGCCACUCAUGAUUGUAAAUGCAAGCGCUGAAGAUGCUUUGCUGAGUACUGUGACUUUGCGAAAUGUUGAAUACACGUAGCCCAUCAAUCCAGCCUACAUAUACUUUUAGAACUUCGGAAGUCAAAUAAGUAAAGCCUUCCCUCGUCCCCUUCAGCUGUUGCUGGACGUUUUUACAUGUUUUUGCAUUUUGGGGACCUGGUGUUUUGCGCGUUAUGCAAAGACCGUUCGUUCCUUUUGCAAGCACGGCAAUGUGUGCUGCGAUCAGGCAGUGCUGCAGAAGGGCUAAGCUCAGAGUUUUAUGUUUGAAGCCAGCAAAUCUAGAUGAAUCAAGUCUGCGGUGUAAAACACUGCUUCCACGGCAACACAUGGAAAUUAACGUGGCAUGAAAACGGUGAGAAGCCAUGCAGAACCAUGAGGAUCAUCAGGCGUAUGAAUGGCGCACCUUGCAAUGUAUAUGCACUGCCACUUUGGCCUCACAAGUGCCGUUUCCUUCCACAAGAGUGUGUCAGCAACUUUCGGCUCACCGGCCAAUAGAUCACCAGUGAUAUUGGGAAUAGCAUGCAAAAGCAUUGUGUGCCGCUCUCCAGAAACCUAGCGAACUGAUGUUGAAAUUUCAUGCCGAAAUGUUCUUGUGCGUGUUGCCCGCAUAAGAUGCCAAGCAGUAUAGGGUGCAAACAGUUCCCAUGUCGACCAAACUCCAGCCACUGCGUGUGCAAACUGUCCUUUCAUCAACUCAACCAAUCCUUUCGUCGGAUGGAUCCCGAAAAAAGCGACAGAGCACUGCUGGGUGCCAAGGUCUGCAGUAGUGAGGAGUGCCAUUUUGAAGUUCGCGCAAUAAAGAACGUGCUUCGAGGUCAGGUAUCCUACAGAAAUCAGCUUUGUGUAUAGUGCUUUAGACGAAAGGACAAGUCCACAGACUAUUGGCUGUGCUUGUCUUGACACGCCCUGUGUGGGGAUCACUAGGUGCGUCCUUGGAUUCCAAACCAAGCAAGGCAACAUGCGAGCAGCCUGUCAACUUCCCCAUCUAUGCCCCUUUGGAGUGCAGCAUGCCAGAAGGCACACCUGGAGGCAACCCACUUCUACUCCUUUGUAUCGUGAUGACCUGCCUUGAAAUUUGUUAGAGUCACUCAGUCACUCCUGCCAUAAAUGCUCACGAGCACCAUCAAAUGCUCUCCUGCCUGCAGCAGACGGGUCGACAAGGACAAAGGCGCGUUUGGCUUUGAUGACGACAUGUUGGGUCAACGGAGGGUUUGCCCAACUUCACAACAUCAUCAUCCUCUUAGCAUUUUUUCGCAUCUUUCACAUGUCUGUCUCAGGGGGGUUUUGGAAGGGGGACAAGAUGGUUUUUCCGUGUCGUGUGGCGGGGAUCAGGAGGUUUCUCAGGGUUUAGUUGAAACCUUGGUGGAAGUGCAAAGCACCAUGUUAGACCAGACAAGAAAGCAGUCACUGGACUAUAUGUGUUUGUGCACCACAGGGUUUUCACGAAGUCGCACGGUCCGGAUAAUGUGAAAAACUAAAUUCCAUUGCUUUUUCUUUCUCAACUUUUCCAUUGUAGUGGCGCUAUGUCCCGAUUUCUGUCCUUUCCAGAGUUCGUGCUUCGCCUUCCGCGGGUUAGAACCCUGACUCCUUUCCUUGUCAGUCGCUUUAGGAUUCACCAGCUGGCUUCCGUCUUCGUCCGAUGAAAAAUUUUCUUCAGCUCAGCAUGCCAAACUCGAAGUCUUGGAGUUAACUCAUCGUCCAGGACAACAAUCGGACUGGCCCAAAACGCCAAGACACACUGUGAAACGAUGUGAAAUACAAUGUAAAACAUGACGAAAGAAGGG